GAAUGCCAUGCCCUGGCUGUCUGGUUUCCGGUUCAGACUUCAUCAAGUGCUGUAAUCAUUAACCCCUGCAGGAAGCCCGCAAGACAGACGAGAGUAUCUGCUUCUGCUCAGCUAGACACAGCGACUGUUGAAGCCCUGAGAUGGAGAGAAGUCAGGAAAGAAAUGGUGGUGAGGGGGUGGCAGGACGGGAGCCAGGUGGUGAGGGGCUAAGGCUGAGGAGGGAGAUUGGUUUGUGGAGUGCCGUGUCCCUGAUGGCUGGCUGUAUGAUUGGCUCUGGUGUCUUCAUGUCACCACAGGGGGUCUUGGUCUACAUGGGCAGCCCUGGAGCCAGUCUUAUGGUCUGGGCAGGCUGUGGCCUCCUGGCCAUGAUGGGUGCCCUGUGCUAUGCUGAGCUGAGUGCCCUGGUUCCCAAAUCUGGAGGGGAGUAUGCCUACAUCCUGCAAAUCUUUGGCUCCUUGCCAGCCUUCCUGGUUAUCUAUACAUUUGUGUUGCUGGUCAGACCAGCUGCCAUUGCUGCCAUCUCCCUGAGCUUCGCUGAGUAUGCCGUGACCCCCUUUUACCCUGGCUGCUCCUUGAUGCCCCAGGCUGUGCUGAAGGGCGUGGCUGCCUCCUGCAUCCUGCUGCUGACGCUGGUCAACUGUUGGAGCUCACGGCUGGCCACCAUGCUGGUGAACGUGUGCGCGGUCGCCAAAGUGUUCUCGUUGCUGGUCAUCGUGGUGGGUGGGGCCGUGGUGCUGGGCCAGGGCCGGGGCCACACGGAAACCUUUUUGCUUGCCUUCCACAACACAACACAGCAGGCUGGGCGCAUUGGCAUGGCCUUUUACCAGGGCAUGUGGUCCUUCGAUGGCUGGAAUAACGUCAACUAUGUGGUGGAAGAGCUCAAGAAUCCAAAGCAGAACCUGGUGUGGGCAGUGAUGAUCGCCAUCCCCCUGGUCACCAGCUUGUACCUCCUGGUCAACAUCAGUUACCUGCUAGUGUUGUCGCCCAACGAGAUCCUUUCCUCUGAUGCUAUGGCUGUGAGCUGGGGUUUGCUGCUGGAGUUCCUUCCCUUGACCCUCUGUUGUCCUAGGAACCAGGUGCUGGGGGCCUGGGCCUGGCUGGUACCGUUGGCUGUCGUACUCUCGACAUUUGGCUCUGCCAAUGGGAUGUUCUUCGGUGGAAGUCGCGUGUGCUAUGUGGCUGCGAGAGAAGGCCACAUGCUUCCUUGGCUGGAUCACCUAUGGAACCACCAUUGGCUGUCUCUUGUACUUGCGGAUAAAAAAGAAGAAUCUUCCUCGACCUUACAAGGUCCCUGUGUCCAUUGCAGGUCCCCACCAUCAUCCCUGUCAUCAUGCUCCUUGCUUCUCUCUACCUGGUGCUGGCACCCAUCAUCGACCACCCCCAGAUUGAGUUCCUGUACAUCUUCCUGUUCCUGCUCAGUGGCAUCCCGGUCUAUUUCCUGUUUGUCUAUUUCCACUGCCAGCCCAGGUGUUUGCAGAUGGCCACCCUGUAUCUCCAGCUGCUCCUGGAAGUUGCUCCAACCACUAAAAAUGUUGACUAAAGGACUGGACUGUUGUGCACUCCCCUCCUUGCUGCAGACACCUCUAUCCCCACACAAGUGGCCUUGCGAGUUUCUCUAUAGGCUGACUCUGCAUAAUUUUAAUGAGCAACUGGAAUGCUAAAUACAGCUGUUGUGAAGUUUUGGGGGUAUCCAGCCAGUACAGCAUCCCUCCUUCUCUAAGAACUGCUCCUUCAGUGAAGGUGGAUCUCACAGCCACAUUGGUAUUACAUGGCUGCCUCUCUGGGUGUGGUUUUUUGAUAUUCCAGGUGAGGAGCAUGAAAUACAUUCUCCUUUGGGGAUUUUGGAUUUAGAAUUCUGAUGGUUGCCUAAUCUGAGGAAUUGUAAGUCCUGGGCUGUAUGUGGAACCAUCUUCCAUUAUGGGGGCAGAGAAGCAGAGAAAGCUCCCGUGCAGAGAAGGAUGAAGAUACACAGUGAAAUGGUGUGAGAAUUAUGUGGUCCCUGAGAGCUGGGGGAACGACCUGAGUAGACAGCAGCCUGGGUCCCUGGCUGUUUUAUAGUUCUGGUCUCUGACCUUCUGUAGCCCAACUGCCAUCUACCGGUCCUUCCUCCUUUUUGGUCAUCAAGGACAACCUGAUGCCUUAUAAUAAAUUUCCAAUUUCGGCUCAGGUGAGUUUGAGUGAGUUCUCAUUUCCUGCAAAUGGAAAACCUUUGGGUCUGACAAACCUUGUUCAGGGAAAUAUGAUACUUUAGUUCCUGUUUAAAACCACCAACUGGCUUGAACAGGGAAAGAAGUAAGAGACAGAUUCCUGGGAGGGAGGGAUUUUAUUGGCUUUGGGUAAAAGGGAGGGCAGUCAAAUUUCUAGAAGAAAGGAUGAAAAGUUAGAACAGACCCCGGAAGGCUAAUGUGGUUCCAGGACUACAUAGAGGCAAGGGGGCAGAGAGAGCUGGCUGCCCAGGUGAGAAUGUGGGAUAGGAAGGAUGACGACAAUGCCUAGAAAGGCUGGGGGUGCAGUUCGUGAGUCCAUGGGGGAGGGACUGGAAAAGAGGAGGGCAGGGAACACUGCUCAGCACCUCUCCUCUUGCAGCUGCACCUAGACAACUGUGUAGGGCUUUCCUUUUAUUGCACAGACAUAGAAUAGGAUCCCACAAGCUCUUUCUGUUAAGUUUUCUUUUCCCAUCAACCAAUUCUCCUUUUUUCUGACACCAACUGGGUAUCCAAUGAUUCCGUUCAUUUCUGACACAGUUAAUGCAGAUCCCCAAAGCUAAAGGGCUCAGGCACAAGGUGCAGACACCAGUCACCACCAUUGGGUCCCUCAGUCACCCAUGCUUCUGCCCAACUUGGUUACAGUCCCUCCCUUUAUGGUCGAUCACUUGCUAGAAUGACCCACUGGACUCUGGAAAACACUUUACUAUCAGUAGUUCAUUACAAAGGACAUAACUCAGGAGGGUCCAGUGGGAGACAUGCAUAGGGCAAGGCAUGGGGGAAGGCGUGUGGCACUUCUGUACUAUGGUCUCUUUGGGUGUGUCACCCUCCUGACACCUUGAUGUGUUUGCCAACCUGGAAAUUCUCUAAAAUCUGUCAUUUAGAGGUUUUUAUGGAGGUUCCAUGAGGUAGGUGGAUUAAUCAUUGACCCUGAUGAUUGAAUUAAAUCUGUAGCCCCUUGGCCCUCCCCAAAAGUCAGGGGUGGAGGUGGAGUUGAAAGUCCCAACCCUCUCAUCUGUCUUGGAUUUUCUGGAGAUCAGCCCCCUUCCAGAAUCUCUCUGGGGUCCCCACUCACCAGUCAUCUCAUUAGCAUACAAAAGAUACCCAUCACUCCAGAGAUUCCAAGGCUUUGGGAGUUGUGUGCCAGGAACUGGGGACAAAGACUUAAUAUUUAUUUUUUGUGAUACCACACUUCUGAAUUGUGAACUCUUUAUCAGUGCUGUUCUUGAAAUUCUAGGAGAAUCUUCAUAUCCUUCCCCCCAGCAGCACAGCCUACUUUAGAGAAAAGAAAAUUACGAGAAGUUGGUUUUAUCCCAUUCCUUGUUAAAGGAGGCCAUGGAUAAGGCUGAAAGUCCCCAGGGAAAGUACUGAACACCUUGAACAGGUAUUAGUUCUUUCUGAUAUGAAACACUGGGCUCCAGAAGCAAAUGGUCCAGAAAGAAUUCUUAAGAUGUCUUUGGUGCAAAAAAGGUGGUUGGUUGUAUUAAAGCACAGGGACAGGACCCACGGGCAGAAAGAGCUGCACUGGGGUUAUGAAGAAUGAUUGAUUAUAUACUUUCAAGUUGGGAGGGGGUUAGGGAUAGUGUAAGUCUCUAAGGAAUUUGGAAGCAAGGUUUCCAAGACCUUGAGGGGUCAUUUACUACUGUUUAGUAAAAACUUAGACUUCAGAUGUAUAUCAGUGGGCCAUAUAUUUGGAGGAUGAUUGUUAACACAUAUCUUGUGGGGUGGGGGUGGGAUUGGUAGAGGGAGUGGAGAGUUAGAGAUAAAGGAAGUUUCCAAGGGAUUUUCCUAUGUUAAAGAAGACUUACAGGAUCCUGAACUUCAGGCUAAUGUCAAGCUAAGGUUUCCUUAAAAAAAAAUUUUUUUUAAACAUUUAUUUAUUUUUG